AUGAAAGCGAUCGUGGCGUGUUUAUUUUCCGUGAUACUGAAUGUGGAAAGUGUGAUCUACCAAAAUGUGACGUACGAGCCUGUGCAGAGGCAGCUGUUGGACUUUAAACGGGAUCAUCCGUUACCGAUAGGAUUAUGGACGAAAAAUACUGGAGAUCCAGUCGAGAUAAGAGACACCAUAACGAUAAACUCUGAUCAAUUCAACAAUCAGUUGCUUCUCGAUACAAUGUUGACCUUUGAUGGAGAGAGAAUACCUGAGAGAGUUGUCCACGCUAAGGGUACUGGCGCCUUCGGGUAUUUUGAAGUCACAAAUGAUGUCUCCAAAUACACUUACGCCGAUGUGUUCAAUGGGAUCGGCAAGAAAACGCCAUUGGUAGUUAGAUUCUCAAAUGCAGCUCAAAGUCUUGGCGGGACUGACGUCAGCAAAGAAUUAAGGGGCAUGUCUAUAAAAUUCUACACCAGGGAAGGAAAUCUAGAUCUCUUAUGCUUACAGACUCCUGUCUACUUAUAUCGAGACCCUCUGUUCUUCUGGUCUUUAGUCCGCGCUUUUAAAAGAAAUCCGCAAACCAACAUAUUGGUAGACUACACGAGUCGCUGGGAUUUAGUCAUGUUAAAACCAGCUCUUGCCCAUACCUUCUUUUGGACAUUAUCUGAUUAUGGUCUCCCCAACGGGUAUAGAAGAAUGGAUGCUUUCCCAAUUCAUACCUACGAAAUUGCUAAUAAGCAUGGGGAAAGACACUAUGUCAGAUUCAACUUUAGAACGGAACAAGGGUUUUCAGCAUUGACUAAUGAACAAGCACAAGUAAUACAAGGUCAAGAUCCAGAUUACUUCAAUAGAGAUUUGUACAAUGCAAUUGAACAGGGUAACUUCCCUGCUUGGAGAUUAGAGAUGGAUAUGAUGACACCAGAAGAUAUACAAAAAGUUGACUUCGAUCCAUUUGACGUUACUAGACUGUGGAAGAAUGGCACAUACUCCACAGUCCAGAUUGGACGAUUAGUAUUAAACAGAAACGUUGAAAAUCAAUUUAGAGAUGUUGAACAGGGAGCAUUUAACCCUGCAGCCUUGGUCCCUGGUAUCCCUGGACCAGCUGACUUUUUGUUCAGAGGCAGGAGAAUGUUCUACAGAGAUACUCAAAAUCAUCGUUUAGGAAGAAAUCAUAAUAAAAUUUUCAUUAAUAUGCCAUUGUACGCCAAGACAUACAUUCGCGACGGAACACCUCCUACUAGGCUGAAUAUGAAGAAUGCUCCCAAUUAUUGGCCUAAUUCGUUCAACGGUCCCAUACCUUACGUAGACGAGAAGAGACCUCGAGAGAAACUUCUUGUACUGGAAAGUAAUGCUGUUGAUUUACAGCCUCUUAAUUAUUUCUAUAAUCAUAUUCUUGAGGAUGAAGCCCAUAGGCAGAGAUUCAUCCAAACUAUCGUUGCAACUCUUGGAUCCGUUACUCCGCCGGUGUUGCAAAGGGUUCUAAAAUUCCUGUAUCUUGUUGAUCAGGAUUUGGGUAGUCGAGUCAGCCUUGGUUUAGAAGUAGCUUUGGCCCAGGCUGCGGCUGAGCAGGCUGCAGCUCAAGCGACUCCUCCACCAAAUGUACCAAAAAGGAAUGUGCCAACCGCUGAUCCUGCUCCUGAGAAAUAUCAAGCAAAACAUGUACACAGCGAACAUUAG